GCUCUAGUUAAAAGGGGAAUGAAUACAACAAACAAGUUCUAGUUAAGGAGCUUAUUACUCUAUUGAACACAAUCCUCGAGGUCUGCCUUUGUUCCUCUCUUCUUCUUCUUUUGAACAAUUCCUUGCUUCUCAUGUAUUUGCACUUUUCUUCUGUCUGCCUAUUUCCAUUUCAUUGUGUUUUAAGGAUAACUUAGUGACUUAUAUUCGCUCUGUUAUUCUUUUCUGCUUCGUCGUUGAAAAACAAAUAGGCAUUGAUCUUCAGAACAAGUCUCCAAGAUUCUUAAACCCUGCAAUGAAUUUAAGUGGGGCAACAUCGGUUGAGGGUCAUCAUACCCUGGCUCCGAAAGGAGCUAGGGUGAAAGCAUUACAUGUGGAGGAUAUGGAUGUUGUUGUUGAGCCUGGAAUUGGUUGGCUGGAGCUUAAUGAAUAUUUGGAAGAAUACGGUCUAUUCUUUCCUCUUGAUCCAGCUUGUUGGUAUGGAACUAUGCGUGACAAUGUUAUAAGCCUUAAGGUGGUUCUUCCUAAUGCAGAUGUUGUGAAGACAGCUUCACGUGCCAGAAAGAGUGCUUGCAGGUGUCUCAGAUACGAUUUGACUCGCUUGAUGAUUGGGAGUGAGGGGACUUUAGGAGUCAUAACUGAGAUUACUCUCCGGCUUCAGCAUUCAGUGAGUUCUCGACAGUGCCCCUCAGAUCAUUCGAUAGUAAUCAAAGGCUCUCGAGACCACACUUCCUUAAAAAGAAGGGAACUUAUGCUUUAAAAUUGGAUAAUUGUGUUUUCUGUUUGGGAUACAAAUUUGGGACAGUUGUUCAAUGAUUCUUCUCAUUCCGGUUAGGAUUUGCUCGAGAUUACGGUAUCGUGUUGAUGUGCUUUUGGUCUAUACUGUAUUUUUACGAGAUAAAAGCCCAAUCGUUUU